GCAACUAUGCAGUUUUCGUUAUUUCGUUACGAUUCCAUCCUCCUCUUGUUCCUUUUCCUCUGUUUUUUCCCACGUGCUUGUUUUCCCGCCAGGAUCACACCGGAGCAAAUAACCGUCACGACCACCGGCGACACACAUACGCACAAGGCCACGUGGUUUAACUUCACUCGCUUUAAAGACGCCGACAACGGUAGCCACGUCAUCUCCGGCAUGUCGGAGCUCAAGAGAUACUUCCAACGUUUCGGGUACCUCUCCGUCCGGAACGACAAUUUCACUGACGUUUACGACACCCAAUUUGAAUCCGCCGUUAACUUGUACCAGAAAAAGUUCGGGUUACCGGUAACUGGGAAGCUCGAUUUCGACACGAUAUCGACGAUCAUGUCACCGAGGUGCGGCGUCUCCGAUUCGGCCCCCACGAAGAUCCAUGCAUCGAAACACUUCGUGUAUUUCAACGGACGGCCGAGGUGGAACAACGAUUCGGCUUCGACGACGACGCCCAUGACGUUGACAUACGCAUUCUCCCCUUCCAACAUGAUAAACUACAUAAGCUUACCGGAAAUCCGAACAGCUUUCAAACGCUCGUUCUCGAGAUGGGCUUCGGUGAUUCCCAUAAACUUUAAUGAAACUGAAGAAUACGAAAAAGCCGAUAUAACAAUCGGGUUCUACGGCGGCGACCACGGCGACGGGGAAGCAUUCGACGGGGCUCUAGGAGUGUUGGCUCAUGCAUUUGCGCCGGAGAACGGGAGGAUGCACUUCGAUGAAGAUGAAACGUGGGCCGUAGAUUUCAAGAAAGCGAAAUCGAAGUUAGCUGUUGACUUGGAGUCGGUGGCGACGCAUGAGAUCGGUCAUAUUCUAGGGUUGGGUCAUAGCUCGGUACAGGACGCCGUCAUGUACCCGAACUUGAGUCCUCGGGCAAGAAGAAGGGAACUGAAACUUGACGAUGUGGAAGGUGUUCAAGCUUUGUAUGGGUCGAACCCUAACUUCGAGAUCAGCUCUUUUUCAGAAUCAGACAAUGUUUCCGACAAAGGAACUGGACUCGUCUGUAGAUCAUCAAACUGGACUCUUUCUUUGGUAGUGCUGGUGUUCUUCAUUCUUUUGGUGAUAGUUUAG